AUGGCGGGAGAAGGACAGACUGUGGUCAUUAAGUGGAGUGGCAAUGAAUAUAGGGUCACCUUAGCGGACUCAUCAACUGUGGCAAAUAUGAAAGAUUGUAUUUACAAAGACACAGGAGUAAGACCUGAACGACAGAAGUUACUGGGUCUCAAAUAUAAAGGGAAAGUUCCAGCAGAUGACGUAGUCAUAUCUGAACUGAAACUAAAACCUAAUACCAAAAUCAUGAUGAUGGGAUCAAGAGAAGAGGAACUGGAUAAAGUAAAGGAGCCUCCACCUGACUUACCAGAAGUCAUCAAUGACUUUGAUAUAGAAGAGGAUGAAAUUGCUAUAGAAAAUAGAGAAGAAUAUUUGUCAAAAAUUGACAGAAGAGUAAGAGAUUACAAGAUUGAAGUGUUUAACCCGCCAAGGGAAGGAAAGAAACUAUUGGUCCUAGACAUUGAUUACACACUGUUUGAUCACAGAUCAGUAGCAGAGACAGCUAAUGAGUUGAUGAGGCCUUUUCUACACGAGUUUUUACAGUCUGCCUAUGAGGACUACGAUAUCGUUAUCUGGGGUAUGUCACCACCAAUGUAUGGUGUCAUAGAGGUGAAGCCACUUGGUGUGAUCUGGGGAAAAUAUCACCAAUGGACACCAAAGAAUACUAUUAUGUUUGAUGACAUCAGACGAAACUUUAUUAUGAACCCUCAAAAUGGACUGCGGAUAAAGGCAUUCAGAGAGGCACAUCAAAACAGAGCCAAAGACAGAGAACUUCUUAAGCUGGCCAAGUAUCUCAAAGACAUUUCUACAGUUGAUGAUUUCACCACACUUAAUCACAGAAAAUGGGAAAAAUAUAGGAGCAAGAGGAAGCAUGAUCAUUCAGAUGGAGAUAAUGUCUCUGAGAGCCUCAACACAGACUGACUGACCUAUGGAACAUUAUUUAAGAAACUGAUAUAUAAGCCAAGACAGAAAUAAGCAAAUGACAGAUACUACAUUGUGAUUCGGCAAAAAAAUAGACUUUCUUUUGCUGGGUUUAUGGUCUCAUGAACAGUCAAGAUAUGUUUUCUUCACGUCUAUCCAAACGGCAGAAUGUUGCAUCAUUCCAGUCGUUAUCAUUACUUCCAAUGUAAAUUUAAGUCAGAAACUAGAGUUUAAUGGUCAAACCAAGUGAGACUCAUUUACCAUAGCUGCACAUUGAAAUGGCAUUUGUCUAUCACUUGUGGAUUCCUUACUUCAGCUGUGAGUAGGAUUAUCAUGUAUGAGUAGUAUCUUGUUUUAAAUAGUGUGAGUAUGUGAUCAGGGUAUUGCAUAGAUGUAAAACGUAAACAUGAUGUGUGCAAUAUAUGUCUAAUGUUCAAUAUGUUUAGUCACUCUUUGGAUAGCUAAACAAAUAGGAGUGCUGGUCUGUACUUAAAUCCUAUGUAUUAAUCACUUCCCAUCUCAAUAACAUGAUCUGUAUUAUCUGCUUUGUGCUUCUGUCCAGCCCAACUAUUAACCAAUGUUCAUAUCUUGCUUCAUAAAUAACAAAAAUGGUAGAACCAAUGUCAGUUCCGAGUGAGUUGGUUGAUAAGUGAGACACUGUGUGUGGGUGUGGAUACCAAAAAGUGUGUGUUGUGAUUGAAACUUACUUGGAUUGUUUCAUAAUUAAUGCAAAAUAGAAGUUAAUGUUAAGUUUUGAUAUCUCUCCUUGAAACGCAUGAGAUUUUUGUUUCCUGAUGGUGCCCAUAUAAUGCUGAAUUAGUUUAACAAUUUCUUGACGAAGAAAGCACUACUGAUGAUUUAAAAUCUUUUAGGCCAAGUAACUUCAUCAGAAGAAGUACUGUAUCAAUUCUUUGUUGUGAAUUUUGUCUCCACUACUGCUGUGGUAAUGGUUCUUUCAAUGAUUUUUUUAAUUUUUAUUCUUAUAUAUUCAACCUACUAAAAUUCAUAGGGAAGACAUUGUUUUUGUUCACUAAAACAAAUCUCUAGCUUCAUGCUGGUUCAAGCUGUUUCAACUUGUGAGAAAAAUAUUGUUGCAUUUUUUAUCUAGUUAUGUUUAAAACAUAAGGGAUAUUUUUACCAUUUGUAUUAGUGAAACAGUUGCAAAAUUUUCAAAAGACAAUGCCUAGAUGCAAUUUUAUGUUGUAAUGUUAAUUGUCUGUGUCUUGUACUUGUUAAUUAUGCCUAAAAGGUCAUAACUCUCAGUCAUUGAUAUAUGUGUUUUCUGCUGAUAUUCUGAAGACAAAGUGCUAAAUCUUGAAUGGUUGAUCCAGGUAUUUCACUAUUAUUGUUGUUAAACAAUACCACAGCCUAUGAUACCCAAGAUUUAAAACAGUAUCUUACUGACAGUUCUAAAUAUAGAAUGAUGAUGUAACUUAGGUUUGUAUUUAUUUCAAUGCCUCCACUAAGACUCGAACAUGAGACCCUGUGCUUACUAGUGUGACAAUCAACCAAUCGAGCUAAAGAGAAGUUUUCUCUUGCCGAGUGGUAUAUUGCGGCUAGUAUUUUACCAGGGUAAAGAACUUUUCCUCAAGUUUCCUGGGAUUACAGCAAUGUCUGUGGGACAAUACUGAGUAUUAUUCCUGGGUCCCUACAUAGACGUCAAUGUAACAGAGGUCAUUAUUUAUUUCAUUACCUGCUUGGAUUAGAAACCAAGAACCCUGGCUUACUAAUCUGACUUUCAACUGAUCAAGCUAACAAGAAGUUCUGAGCGUUAUGUUGCAGCUAGUAUGUACAACAGUUAAAUGAUAUAACAAUUAAUUGGUAUAAACUCUCCAAAAUAACUUAAUCACCUAAUGUAUAAGCUAUAACAUUGCCAACGGUCUCCUUUCAACCCAAUAUUGUUAUACCUGAAUCAACCACCAAAACACUGAUUGCUUUUAUUAUCAGUGUUUCAAAAUAAAAAUAUGUUGAUACCAAAAA